CUUUUAACCAACCAAGAUGACAGCGUCAAUAUUUAUUUUCAUCACUGCCGUUUUCUCACACAGCAUUUUGCAGGUUCAUGGAGUGCGGAUUGGAAGGAAUUCACACAUUGAGUUCGAUCAUUUAGCAAAGAAAUUGAGUGACUACGAGAUCAUCAUACCAUACCUCUCAACGUCCGAUGGUCGAUUCAUUUCACACAGGCUAGCACCUCAAGAGGGGAGUGGCGACAACACAUUAACUACUGACUCCAAGAAAGGUGUCCGUAACCGCCGUUAUUCUACAGACAACACUCAAACCAAUGAGAUGCAUUUCUCGUUGAAGGCUUUUGGGUCAGAGUUUACACUAAACGUUCAUAAAAAUGUACAUCUUGUAUCCCCUGGUGCCGUUGUCGAAUGGAUGACCUCUUCGGGGAGAAGAGAAGAGACAAUCCAAGAGGGAUGCUUUUAUAUCGGUGAAGUUAAAAACAAAUCUCACUCAACAGUCGCUGUCAGCAAUUGCAACGGACUGGCAGGUUUCAUCCAAGUAAACGGCGAAGACUAUUUUAUCGAACCAUUGGAGAAAAAUGCACCAUCUUACAAUAAUAAUUAUACGAGUACUUGGAACAGUAAUGACACUGAGAGUGACGAAUUUCUACACGUAAUGUAUAAAAGGUCUUCCAUGAAAAAGUCUUCACACGGUGAUCACGACACAGUUGCCCCAUUUAAUCUUCUCGGUGGCGCCAGUGAUGUGAUUGGUCGAAGUAUUGAAGACAGGGCCAAACGAAGCAUAGGACAAAAACACAUGGAAGUUCUAUUAACCGCAGACCACUCGGUUGUUGAUUUUCACGGAUCCAAUAAUAUUCAAAUAUAUUUACUCACUCUAAUGAAUAUUGUUAAUAGUGUAUAUAAACACGAGACACUUGGAGUGAAUCUCAAUAUUGCAUUGGUCAGGAUUAUACUGCUGGAUGCAAGUCAGGCAUCAUUGGUGCGAGUUGGUCAGCCGUCUCAAAGUUUAGAAAAUGUUUGUAGAUGGGCACAUACGCAGCAAAACAGAGAUGGCACAAAUAAACCACAUCACGACCAUGCUAUUUUUCUGACAAGACAAAAUUUUGGACCAGCAGGUUAUGCACCAGUGACUGGCAUGUGUCAUCUAUUUAGAAGUUGUACUCUCAACAAAGAAGAUGGAUUUUCCUCUGCAUUUGUCAUGGCCCAUGAAACUGGACACGUUCUUGGGAUGGAGCAUGAUGGUCAAGGGUCAAAUGAGUGUAACGAUGAAGCCAGUACUGGUAGUAUAAUGGCACCAUUGGUCAAAGCUACAUUUACAAAUUAUUAUUGGUCCCGAUGCAGUAUGUUAUAUUUAACGUUAUAUUUCAGCUCUUACCAGUGUUUGCUUGAUGAUCCUUUCCGUACACAAUGGCCAGCAUUAGAAGAAGAGCUUGGGAUUGGGUACUCAAUGGAUGACCAGUGUGAAUACGAUUUUGGUCAAGGACAUAAAAGAUGCACAGCAUUUCAAGGAAUGGAUCUGUGUAUGCAACUAUGGUGCAGCCAUCCAGACAAUCCAUUCUUCUGUAAAACCAAGAAAGGACCGCCGUUAGACGGAACUAGUUGUGGACCAGGAAAAUGGUGUCAUACAGGUUCAUGUGUGGAAUCUAGAGUUCAAAUUACCCAUGGUUCUUGGAGUAACUGGAAUGAAUUCUCAGAAUGUUCAAGAUCAUGUGGCAUUGGAGCCCAGAUGAGAACGAGGGAGUGCAACAAUCCCAAGCCGUCCAGCGAAGGGGAUGACUGUAAAGGUCAAAAUGUGGAAUUUAGACUUUGUAAUACCCAGGACUGUCAAGAUAGUAAUGUAGAUUUCCGAGCACAACAGUGUGAAGACAGUCAUAAGAACUGGCAAAUCAAAAAAAGAAAACAUACAUGGCUACCUCAUGAAAAUAGCAAUAGUUCUCUACAGUGCAAACUAAGUUGUAUAUCUGAAGAAACUCAUGAUCUUAGUGUCUCCAGCUUAAAUGUAAUAGAUGGCACGAGAUGUUCAUAUGAUAACAGUAAUAAUAUUUGUGUACAGGGACAAUGUCAGAUUGUUGGUUGUGAUAACAAGUUGGGUUCUUCUUUACGUGAAGAUCAAUGUGGUGUUUGUGGAGGAGAUAACAGUGACUGUAGAACUAUUAGAGGAACAUAUAACAAAAAACCAAGGAAGAAAUUCCAGAAGAUGGUCGUACUUCCAAAAGGUGCAAGAUAUGUUGAAGUAUCUGAAACAUCUCCAUCAAGAAACACAAUUACUGUGAAGGACAGAGAAACUGGACACUACAUUUUAAGCAAUAACUAUGAAGACUCAAAAGAUACAGUAUUUAUUACAGCGGGAACAAAGUUCACUUACACUGUAGAAAAUGAGAAAGAGACUCUGUCUGCAAGUGCAGCUUUACAAAGAGAUAUUAUUAUAUUGGUGCAUGCAUACAGUCUUCAGAAUCCUGAAGAGAUGAAAGUAAAUUACAGAUAUGUGAUGCACAAACAUCAAGUUGAUGAUGAAGUAGUCAGCAAUAAACGAUUUCAUGAUCCAUCAAGUACAAAAGAGAAUAAGAUACCUGAUAAAAGCACUAGAUUUAGUUGGGAGAUGGCUGGUUGGUCUGAUUGCACUAAAAAGUGUGGAGGUGGAUAUCAAACUUUUCGAUUUGUGUGUAAGCGGAAAAGUGAUGCAAAAAUUGUAAACCGAAGGAUGUGUGAUCAAAGUAAAUUGUACCAACCAGAGACUGUGAAAAGAGCAUGUAAUACACAGCCAUGUGAAAGACCAAA